AUGUCCUCAGUGAAUUACAACCAGCCAAUUCACAGUAGAGGUCCUUCUUUGGACAAGUAUUCCGGGAUGACCAACAGCCACAGCAAUAGCAACCUAUACGGUGCUAAUGGCAAUGGUAAUCCCAAUACUAGCCCGAAUCCAACAGAUGGGUCAAUACAUACUACACGAUCGUCAACUGAUGAUGUGAGUAUUGAUGACACCAUUGCGAGUUAUCAUCACACUUUUUGUCAAUUUACUGGACAUUAUAACGGUAUCUGGGACGGAUCUCGUGGCGAUGGAAAUGGUGGACCGAGUGCACCAGGAUCGAAGGCUCGUCAGAAGCUUGAAAAACUCUCUAAAGUACACUUUUCCGAGUUGUCUACAGAUGUAUAUGAUGAACUUGUGAGACGAGUUGAUCCUCUUCCACAUGAAACCGAGUUUUUGGCUCCACGAGAUAAUAUUCAUAGAAAAAGAAACCAAGCCCGUCAAAAACUAGCUAUGCUGUCGCCAUCUCGGUUUAACGACUUAGCUUCUGAUAUUCUGUAUGAGAUUGAAAGAAGGUAUCCCAACUUACGAGCCAACCCUCCUGCAGACAGACCAUCAAUUAGCGAUCCAAACGAUCCCAAUAGUGCUAAAGAAUCACCAGCAUUGGGGUCGACUUCUCAAUCGCCAUAUUUGACUACCCGUCGAUUUAGUAAUGCCUCAGCUGUCUCGAAUGCCACCAGUCGAUAUACUUCUGAAGACUACCAUCUCAGAGACUCUGUAAUGCCACCAAGAAACUCGAGUCUGAAUACCCUGGGUAUUUCUAGUCCCGCUGCAACUCCACCUAUGCCCUCAGAAUCCGCUUUCACCCAUCAACAUAAUGCAUCAAUUGUUCCUCCUCUCCAGGAAGAAGUAUCGAUUCCACCUUCUAACCGAUCUGCCCCAUUGGCUCAACCCAUAAAAUCUACCACGAUUAUCCCCACUAAAUCAACUUUAGUGGAAGAAGACGAUGAUGACGACGAAGAAGGUUUUGAAGAUACAAUUGAUGCGGAUGAUGAGGCUGAUGAGAGCGCUGGUAUAGCUAACAACAGCACUUUCUCGUCAAACGGCUCGGUACGAAACAGUAAACGUCUUUCAAUGCUGACGCCGUUAAGUGAUAUCGAGGAAGAAGCCGAUGCUGCAAGACUAGCUGCUGUUGCAGCUGCUGCAAAUGGUGGCGUAACUGGUGAUAGAGGUGUUCACGAUGUUGCUGAAGACGAAAUAACCCGGGGAGGAUCUUAUGGAAAUGAACAAGAUUCUGCCGGUGGAAUAGAAGAAGGCGAAGAGUCUGAUGACGAGUCUGUGUCAGCCAAGCUCAGAGAUCGUGAUGAGCAGAUUCAAAUGCUUGUUGCAGAAGGUUCACGAAUGGAUGAAACAAUAAACAACCUCGAGUCACGACUUCAAGAAUCUGAGACUGUGAAAACAACUCUCGAGGAAGAAAAUAACCGACUUCACGAUAUGGUUGGUGAAUUAGAAGAGCAACGACAGAAAGCGGUUGACGAAAAAGAGAGUAUCCAAAAGCGGUUGGAGGCUCUUGAACAAGAAGUAGAGGAGUCGAAAGCCGCUAUUGCUGCUCAUGAAGCCACUAUUAAUUCACAUAAAGAAACAAUCGAUAAACUGGGUGAUGAGAAGAAACAGUCUGAGGACGAGCUGUCUCGUGCAACGGGCCUUCUCACUCAGUUACGUGAGGAGCAUGCUAACGAUUCGGAUUUGCAACAAGCCAAUGCAAGACAUGUCGAGACAAUUGCCGGACAUGAAACGACUAUUGAUAAUCUUCAGCGUGAAUUAGAUUCCACCAAGGAGACCCAUUCAAGAGAGAUUGAUGACCUAAAACAGCAACAUGAAAGUCAAAUUGCAGAACUUACCACCAGCCAUUCGACUCUAAAAGAUCAAGUUGACUCUCAUGCCAAUGAGAAAGAAGAACUCACAAAGAGACAUCAACAAGAACUGGAUGAACUUGUGAACUCGCACUCAAUGGCCAUUCAACAAUACAAAACAGAAGCAGAAGAGCACAAGGCUAACCUUGUACUGUUACAAGAGUCCCACAGUGCCUUGGAACAAGAACACAACAAUAUCAAAGACCGUCACGCAGAAUCCUUAUCUAAACAGAACGAGUAUGCUGAGAGCUCUGCUACCCUUAGCAACGAUUAUUUGUUGCUACAAAACAAGCUGACUGAACACGAGACUGUAAGUUCUUACUAA